UCAAUAUCUCCAUCAUCAUCAUCAUCAUCAUCAUCAUCAUCAUCAUCAUCAUCAUCAUCAUCAUCAUCAUCAUCAUCAUCAUCAUCAUCAUCAUCAUCAUCAUCAUCAUCAUCAUCAUCAUCAUCAUCAUCAUCAUCAUCAUCAUCAUCAUCUCAUCAUCAUCAUCAUCAUCAUCAUCAUCAUCAUCAUCAUCAUCAUCAUCAUCAUCAUCAUCAUCAUCAUCAUCAUCAUCAUCAUCAUCAUCAUCAUCAUCAUCAUCAUCAUCAUCAUCAUCAUCAUCAUCAUCAUCAUCAUCAUCAUCAUCAUCAUCAUCAUCAUCAUCAUCAUCAUCAUCACCAUCAAAAUACCGUUAGAUUCACCUCUGAAUUGUAG